AUGGAAAAUAAUAGCGAACAACAGGUUAUGAAAUUGUUGGAUGAUGGUUUAAUUUAUGAUUUUGAUAAUAUAGUUUAUAAUUGGCAGUAUGUCUUUGAUAAUGUUGACAAUAAUAAUCCUAUCAAUUCUAGCGAGUUCCCAUUAGUGGUCACUGAACAACCUUGGAACACAUCGAAAAACAAAGUUAAUUCAUGCCAAGUUGCAUUUGAAACAUUGCAAGUUCCGAUAUUUAGUUUGGUGAAAACUCCAUUAGCACAGUUGUACCGAUGUGGCAAGUCAACCGGAUUGGUGAUAGAUAUAGGAUCCAGUGUAACCAGUGUGACACCAAUCUUGGAUGGGGUUAUUCAGCUGAAAUGUUCCUACCAUUCAAAAUAUGCAGGCGAUUUUGUGAAUUUACAUGUUUUAAACUAUUUGGAGAGUAAAACUGCAAUUAAUAGCUUGCUCCCAUCCAAAUUUGCCAACUCAUCCGAAUCAUUUAAGCAAUACUAUAUAAGCCGCAACAUCUUGCAAGAGUAUAAAAACUUGUCUUUGAACUAUCAAAUUAAAGAUUACCAAUUGUAUAAUCAUGAAUUCAUCAAUGUCUCGGACCAACAGAAUUAUUUAGAAAAUUUGUUUGACCCAACUUUGAACAAACUACCAAAUAUUCACAUUCCAGAGCCAAGCAUAGAUAAGCCAGGUUCCCAUGGUUUGACCAAUUUGGUGUUUUUGGCAUUGAAGAAUUUAGAGUCUACAUUGUUGCCUCAAAAUACCAACGACAAUACAUCACAAAAUAGAUAUCAGAAGUUCAUUGAAAUUUUCAAAUUGUUAUUGUCCAAUGUCUUAAUCACUGGGGGUACGUCUGCAGCCAAUGGCUUGCCCGAUCAUAUUAUCAAUGACUUAAGAGCUUUGACUCAAAAGUACUUCCCAAACUAUCCAUUCUCCUAUGCUGUGCAACAAAUCAGACCAAGUAACACAGAAAAUGCAGAAAUCUGGGAUCGUCAAUUUGGUGCUUGGUUUGGUGCAUGUAAUUUGGCCAGCAUGCUCAAUGACAACGACGAAAAGUCUAAUAGUGCUAAAAUUGCCUUGGACAAUUGGUUCAUAACAAAGGCUGAUUACGAAGAAUUGGGUGAAGAUUUAGUUGCAGAAAAGUUCAAAUAA